AUGGAUGGAUGGUUAGGAGAAAAAGUAGCUCCAAUGUCAGGUAGAAAACAAUACAGUUAUGCUAUUUUAGAACCAGAUGGGGACGACGAUAUGAGGGUGUUCACAAGGAUGUUAUCUUCUUCAUCAUCAUCAGGUAUGAAUUUUCCUGUGGACAAUAAUUCUUCAUCAUUAUCAGCGACAAAAGUAGCCAACAAUUCUGAUAUUUUAUCACAAAUUCUAUUAUGUCUACCUGUGAAAUCUCUAUUGAUCUUCAAAUCUGUAUCCAAAAAAUGGUUAUUUUUAAUUUCUGACCCAUAUUUCGCUAACAAUCAUUCUUGUCGGAAGACCAGCUUUAAAAUCCCUGGGUUGUUCAUAGAGAAACUAAGACGUCCUUCAGGUCCUCCUGAUGAUCCAGAAUUUGAAUUUCCUUUUAUCUUCCUUAACAAUGAUAAUGAUGAUGAUGCUACUACCGGUGGCGGAGGAGUCCCCCUAAAAACCCUAGAUUUUGUGGAAGUGCCUCCGCGAAAUUGGGAAGGUCCUAUUGCUGAAACUAGCUUAAGAAUAGAACAUUCUUGUAAUGGUCUAUUAUGUUGCACUAGGAUAACAUCUCAGAUGGCCAAGGAGCCGCGUAUCGUAAUCCACCACAUUUACAUUUACAAUCCAACCACAAAACGAUACAAAGCUCUUCCUCGAUCCCCCUUUAGAGAUGUCGUCAAAGAUUAUUGGAAUGGAGUUAAAAGUGUAUCUUUAGCUUUUGAUCCAAUCAAGUCUCCAGAUCACUAUCAGGUUAUCUGCAUCUGGGUAGAUAUAGGGAAGUUUGAAGAACAUGAUCUUUAUUAUAUCGAAAUAUACUACUCUAAAACAAACUCAUGGAGGUUAUCUGCGGAGAGUCCUUUUUCAGCACGUCCUCUCAGUUCCUCUAGGGCGCCAGGUGUGUUAUGGAACUGUUUCCUUAGGCCAGGUGUGUUUUGGAAUGGUUGUUUGCAUUGGAUCUCGAUAUUCUCGACCAUGGAAGAUGAAGCGUCAGUGUAUUUUGAUAUUGAACAAGAUUUAGUAAAGCCGCUGCCGUUGCCAGCUGUGCCUAAUGAUGAUGUGUGGAAUUUUAAAUAUAUUGGAGAGUGUAGAAAUCAUUUGUAUCUUGUAGGGCUUAUUGGAUCAUGUCCUGAUAAUUACAGCAUCUUCGAAAUGGAGAAAGAUUACAGUGGGUGGAAUCUUAUAUACAAGCUCGACCUAGAAAGAAUUAUAAAUGCAUACCACCUAGACACGGUGACGCAUUAUAACAAUACCAUGGAUUAUUAUGUGUGGGUAAUGUUUCUUGGGGAAGCCGAAGAGAAAUCAUCAACAAAAUUGGUGUUGUUGAUAAACGCUACUCAACUUAUAUCCUACGAUCUGAAAGAGAUGAGCUAUAGGGAGAUCUAUCAUUUCGAUCCAAAAACUCUCACCAUGACUCCAGGCUCAGGCUCACGGGGUUAUGUUCAUCAGUACAUACCGUCGCUUGCCUGUGUUUGA